CCAUAGCGACUCCAGGCUCUUCGUGUUCUGAGAAGCACGGCGUAUGAGGAUCAAUGAACACGGAAUCUUCUGAGAUAACUUGUACCCAAAAUCGAAUCUCCAAUGAGAAGAAGCCGUCUUCCAUACGAGAAGAAAAUAUCAUUCUCCACAAUAACUAAAAUUGAUCAGAUUCUCCAACCCAUCGCGAGAUCAAUAUAGGAUAAUGUUUAAGCAUAAGCUUCACGAAGCAUUCAAAGGCACGGUGGAGAGGGUCACAGGUCCUCGCACGGUCACGGCGUUCAAGGAGAAAGGAGUACUCAGCGUCAGCGAGUUCGUGCUCGCUGGACAUAAUCUUGUCUCUAAGUGCCCUACUUGGUCAUGGAGCAGCAGAGGGAGGAAGUACUGCACUGCACACGCAUCAUGCUUCCUCGCCAAGGUAAUAUCUUCUACAUAGUCUCUUGCCAUCUCUUCGCUCUCUCCCCUUCUCUGAAAAACCAUUGUGUCUUUGUAAAUCUGUGUCGCAGUGAGAGAGAAAGAGAGGAGAUAGUUCCUGCUCUGAAUGGUGAUAUUGCAGAAGAAAACACUGGUGUUGAGCGGAAAGCAGGCAAUGGAGGAGGAGGUUAUACAGUGCACAUAACUCUGUCAAGAGCGCGAGCAUGGUCUGUUCUACAUUCAUUGGUGUCCAAUCCUAAAUCUGCAAGAGGUAGUUAGUAAUUGAUUAUCAAAGAUAGAGAUAAAAAGUGGAUCAUGUACGGAGUAUGUAGCUUACUACUUAUUGUUGUUGUUAUGUAAGUUGGGAAGAAGAUAAUGAAACAAUUAUGGAACUUAUUGAUUGAGUUUAUGAAACACUCGCAAUCUAAUACACAGUUUACGUUUUCA